AUGGUCCAAAACAUUUUUGGAAGUGAAUCUUGUUUGACAUUUUCACUUGUAAUUGAGGAUGAAGACUGGAGUGUGAAUUGGAAGCUGCAUGAUCCUGAUGAAAGCAUUGUGUGCUUGGAAUCUCAUCUAAAGUCAAUUCAGUUGAAUGGUUUCAAAGGUCAACAUAAGGAGAUAGAACUACUAAGGUUUUUUCUGAAGAAUGCACAAGUUUUGGAAAAGCUAACGGUUGUUUGGGACGAGUAUGCUUCUAAAUCAGAAAAGGCAUCAGAUGAGGUUUUGAAGUUUCCUAGAACUUCUUCGCAUGUUUUUCUGACAUUUAUUGAUGCCAAGCCCAUGCCAAGCUCUCCUAACUGGUACACUAGAUAUUAA